AUGCACUUUAUGCACCCGCGCCUCGCGCUGCGUGUGGCCCUCAACGUCUGCCGUGCGACGGACGCAUCGGUCGAGACGCUCGACGUCGUGCGCUACCUCGUCCUCUUGUAUCUGGGCUUGCUCCAAGGCGUGCCGCGGGCAGUGUGCCUGACCCACCCCUUCGUGCCGGAAGGUGUCGGCUCUGACUACUGGGAGUCGUCGCCGCUCUGCCCCGUCGUCGACCGGGUGGUGCGGCAAUUGCCGCAGACGCUUCCAAUGGAGGUUCAAUUGCAUGCCCCCAGCGCGCAUAGCCUCACGACGAUGGCGAUCGUGUGGCAUUUGCUGGCAACAACGGACUCGGUUCUCGACGCCUCGGCCAAUCUCGCGCCGUUCCAGCACCCCCAUACGGCCGUCGCCGCCGUCUACGGGCUCUUGCUCGGCGCGGCGCUAGGGACGUCGGAUCCACGCAUCUACGUGCGCGGCACGAUGGUGCUCGACGAGUUCAUCAUGACGACGCUGCAGUACGCGUGGGUGGCCGCCACGUCGAGCCCCGACGUCACCACGGAGGCGUACCGCACCGUCUGGACGCUGUAUACUUCCACGAUAACGGCUUGCGAGCGCCUCCGUGAGAAAGUGCAGCGCACGCUCUUGGCAGAACCGCCCGGCGACAAGGAGCCGAGAGACGUGUUUGCGACGGCAGCCGCGUUCAAAGACGCAGUGGCGCUCCUCAUGACAGAGAUGGAUGCGCUGCACGCCCGCCUCGUACCCAUGCCGGUCGUGCUGACCGCGCCGUUGCCACCGGUCGCACCAUCGGUCGACGUGGCGGUGACGUUAGACGCACCCGCGGCGAACGACGGGCCCUCCAAGGCACGCGGUCGCUUGCCGCAGCUUGGUCAGCGGCCGACGUCCCUUGGCGUGUCACCUGCCGUCGCGAGAGGCCCAUCGCCUGUCGCUAGAGGCUCGUCGCCGGUCGGCCGAGCCAAGCCACGCAAGCCACGCCAGCGGGUCAAGCUACUGCAGCAGCAGCAAGAAGAAGAGGCGCUCAAAAUGGCUCUUCGCGCGGUCCUUCUCGACCGCUAUGCGGCCCUCCGCGUCUCAAUCAAGGAGCACGUGCAGCGGGUCGUUGAGGGCCCGCUGUUCGCACCGCUCGUCGCCGAGUUUCGGCGCAUGGCGGCUGCUGACGCGUGGGCCACGCGGGUGGUUGCGGCCAAGACCAUCACGGCCAACCUGCAGCGCAGCCACGUGAUCGACACCAAAAUGAUGUCGCAGCUCGGGCCGCUCAACCGGCUUUUCAUGCUCUUCCUCGACAACUCGGAGGCCAUCGAUAGCAUGUACUAG